AGUGGACUGAAUAAGGUGAUAAUGCGUUUGCGAUUUGGUAGUGAAAUUGAAGGGGAUUGAUUUGUAGGUUUGCAUUAACCGAGUGGUAAGGUUGGUGGAGACAGAGGAUAGCCAGCUAAGGGGAGAGUUGGCACGGAUAAUAACAACACGAGAUGGCGACAUGAGGACAAAUCCCGUGUACCCUCAAACUCUUUGGCACAUAACAGAAAUCAAGGGGAGGGACCCUCACAUAUACAAUGUUUCAAUGCAGAAACUAUCUCUCCAAAAAUGAUUGUCUUUCUUGCUUCGACACUGCCUCCACCCAAAUCCGCAACUGCUCCAAAGCCAAUGGCGCCAGAGUUAUCUACAACGAUUGCUUCCUCAGGUGACAUACUGGGAGCAACUGAGUUAAGAGGACCAGUUAACUACAAAUAUAAUGAUUUGAAAGCUGGAACUAAAAAUUUCAGUGCUGAAAAUAAACUUGGAGAAGGAGGUUUUGGUGCUGUAUACAAGAACAGAACAAGAUUUGUGUCUUUGGGUGCUGUGAGCAAUGAUUUAGUUGAAGAGAGUGUGGAAGGUGAUGACCUAAGGAGCAGAAUCUUGAGGCUAAGGCUCCCCAAGCGAAGCGCCACAAACAUUCUUCAGAAGUGGGUCCUUCAAGGGAAUCCUGUUACGCUCUCUCAGCUUCGAGAUAUUUCCAAAGAGCUUCGAAGAUCACAAGGGAAAGUAGUGCAAUUGCUGUUUGUUUUGUCAUAUCAUGCAGUAUGUAUUAGAUUCGUUUGGUUAAUUGUAGGUGUAGUGCAUUAGGAAUUCAAUUUUACACGUUGCUA